AUGGUUUUUCUUUCUGUCUUUCUUUCUUUCUUUCUUUCUUUCUUUCUUUCUUUCUUCCUUCUUUCUUUAUUUCUGCCUUUCUUUCUUUCUUUCUGUCUGCCUACCUUUCUUUCUUUUUUCUUUCUUUCUUUCUUUCUUUCUUUCUUUCUUUCUUUCUUUCCUUUUUGUUACCUUCUUCUUUUCUUUCUUCUUUUUCUUUUUCUUUUCCUUCUUUUUUCUCUUCUUUUCUUUCUUCUUUUUCUUUUUCUUUUCCUUCUUUUUUCUCUUCUUUUCUUUCUUCUUUUUCUUUUUCUUUUGCUUCUUUUCUUUCUUCUUUUCUUUCUUUCUUUUCUUUCUUCUUUUCUUUUUUCUUUUCCUUCUUUUCUUUCGUCUUUUUGCUUUUUCUUUUCUUUCUUCUUUUCUUUUUUCUUUUCUUUCUUCUUUUUCUUUUUUCUUUCUUCUUUUUCUUUUGCUUCUUUUCUUUCUUUCUUUUUUUCUUUUUCUUUUUUCUUCUUUUUUCUUUUCCUUCUUUUCUUUCUUCUUUUUUCUUUUCCUUCUUUUCUUUCUUCUUCUUCACAUAAUUUCUUUCUUCUCCCCUUCCUCUUCUUCUUUUUCAUUUUCUUCUUCUUCUUCUUCUUCUUCUUCUUCUUCUUCUUCUUUGUCGCCUUCUUUUCUCUCAUACCUUUAAACUUUCCUUUAUUAUUUCUCGUGAUUCGUUCUUUCUUUCUUUCUUUUUUUCUUUUCCUCGAUGUUUCCUCCCUUUCUCCCUUUCUUUUAUUUCUUACUCCCUUUGUCCUUUUUCCAUUUCUUUCUUCCUUUUUUUCUGGAUCCUUUCUUGUACAUCCCCCUCCUUCCUUCUUAUCCAUCAUUUCAUCCCAAGCAAGGCGACAAUGUCACUAA